GUUCUCUACAUCCGGGCGGCCAGGGAUAUCAAACGCAUGGAGGGGCUCUCCCGUAGUCCAGUCUACUCGCAUGUCAGCACAACACUGACGGGUCUGUCGACUAUACGAUCAUUUGGUGUCCAAAACCUGUUUGAGCGCCAGUUUAGUCGCCACCAGAACGACAACACCUCCACAUUCUUCCUAUACAUCUGCACCUCCCGGGGCUUCGGUGUGUUAAUGGACUGGAUUUGUGUGCUGUAUAUCACGGCAGUCGUGGCCUUUGUUAUGCUAUAUCCCGAAGGACUUCCGGGAGGGAGUGCCGGACUUAUCAUAUCCUCCGCCCUAACCCUAACGACGACCACUCAGUACGCCAUCAAAUGCUCGGCAGAUCUCGAGUCCUAUAUGACUGCCGUCGAGCGUAUGGUUGAGUACUCGCGCCUAACACCUGAGGCAGAGCUAGAGUCCAGUGCCGCCAAUCGACCGGCGCCUGAAUGGCCACAAAACGGCGAAAUCCACUUCAAAGACAUGAGCCUUACGUACGCCGACUGUCCGGAACCGGUGCUCAAAGGGAUCACCGCUCGGCUCAUCGGUGGCCAAAAGGUGGGAGUCGUGGGCCGUACCGGCGCCGGGAAGUCGUCACUCAUUGCAGCCCUGUUUAGACUCACCGAACCCUCGGGCGGACAGAUACUCAUCGACGGCGUCGACAUUCAGACGAUAGGACUGCGAGACCUCCGGAGCCGCGUGUCGAUCAUACCUCAAGAGCCGGUGCUCUUCACGGGAACUAUACGUAAGAAUUUGGAUCCGUUUGGUGAGCACCCGGACGACGAACUGUGGGCCGCCAUCGAGGAGGUGCAGCUCCGGGAUGUGGUCGCACAGAUGCCCGGCCUGUUGGACGCCGAGGUGACCGAAGGGGGCAGUAAUCUGUCGGUAGGUCAGCGCCAGUUGGUAUGUCUGGCGCGGGCUAUACUACGGGACAACCGGGUGCUGGUGUUGGACGAGGCGACCGCUAAUGUGGACCACAGAACCGAUGCACUCAUUCAGACCACUAUUAGACAGAAGUUCACGAACUGUACGGUCAUUACGAUCGCCCACCGGAUCCACACUAUCAUCGACUCCGACCUCAUUCUG